UACCUGUCUUACGAAGACAAUGAUCAGUAUGCGCCAGGCGGUUGAAUGUGAAAGCUGAAAAUCUUAAACUUCAAUGAUGAAAUAGUCACAACAAAAUUCGCCUGGAUAACGUUUGGAAAUUAAACAACUAAUCAAUACUCACGUUAAAGAUGGCUAAACAUGUAAUAUGUAGGAUAAUAUGGUUAGCUUCAGUAUUUAUCACAGUAUUAGCAGAGGAUCCUUUUUCGUGCUCGAUAGGCUGGGAACUAAGAGGAUUAAAUUGUUACAAAUAUUUUAGUGUUAAGCAUUCCUGGGAGAAAUCGGCAGAAUUAUGUAAACGAUACGGUGCGGAGCUAGCAACGAUUGAAUCAUUUGAAGAAAAUGAAGCGACACGAGAGAUCGCCCUUUUUGGCGAAUCUAGAGGCCGAACCGCCAAUAUGUAUUGGUUGGGUCUUGCGUCGUUGGACGAUCUUAGGACAAAUACGUUAGAAUCUACUGCAGGUGGAUUAGUUUCACAAUACUCAGGUUUUUGGGCUUUGAACCAACCAGACCCCGCCGCUGGUGAAUGUGUUGCAGCUUCAAACGUGAACGACAUGCAAACGUGGCAGUUGGAAACAUGUGAAAACUUAUUACCGUUUAUGUGUGAACGACCUGCGUGUCCUCAGAACUCAGUCCGAUGUUCUAACGGUGCUUGUAUAAAUCAAGCGUUCAAAUGUGACGGAAAUGAUGACUGUGGAGAUGGAAGCGAUGAACUGGACUGUCCAAAUGCAUGUCAUUUCCAUAUGCAAUCCGGUGGAGACGUAAUAGAAUCACCCAGUUUCCCUCAGAAGUAUCCAGCAUUGUCUGGAUGUAAGUGGACUUUAGAAGGACCUCAAGGAACAAACAUCAUUUUACAGUUCCAGGAAUUCGAUACCGAAAAGAAUUUUGAUAUUGUGCAAAUAUUGGUAGGUGGAAGGACUGAAGAUAAGGCUGUAUCACUUGCAACUAUUUCCGGCAAGAAUGAUCUUACCAGCAAACCAUUUAUUACUGCCUCCAAUUUUAUGAUUAUUAAAUUCACUUCUGAUGGAAGCGUUGAACGCAAAGGUUUCAGAGCAACAUGGAAAACUGAGCCCCAAACUUGUGGUGGUGUGUUACAAGCAACAACGCAAGGACAGAUGUUAACUAGCCCUGGUUAUCCGAAAACUUACCCUGGAGGGCUAGAAUGUUUGUACAUCAUAAAAGCUCAAAACGGUCGAGUGAUUUCAUUAGAAGUUGAAGAUCUGAACCUUAAUGAGGACCGCGAUUUCAUUCUGGUUCGAGAUGGAGAUAACGCCCACAGUAAACCGAUUACUCGAUUAACCGGAACUUCUCUGAGUGACAGAAAUAGAGUAAUUAUAUCAACCAGUAACAAACUGUACGUUUUUUUCAAGACUUCCCUCGGUGGUUCAAAGAAAGGAUUUAACAUAAAAUACACACAAGGCUGCUCAGCAACCAUUACAGCAUUGAAUGGAACGGUUACUUCUCCGGCUUAUGAUCUAGCUAACUAUCCCAAUAACCAAGAAUGUUUCAUUAAAAUCAAGAACCCAAUGGGAGGACCACUUUCCUUACGAUUCAAAAACUUCAACGUACAUAAAAGCGACAAAGUUCAAAUCUUCGAUGGCUCUUCUACGUCUGGUCUGCGUCUUCAUCCUGGAGACGGUUUCACAGGAACAACAGUGCCGAAAAUUACACUUACUGCAUCUUCAGGCAAUAUUCUAGUUAAAUUUGUAUCUGAUGCUUUACACAACGACAAGGGAUGGCUCGCGGAGUUUUCUGCAGACUGCCCUGAUUUGAAACCAGGUAUUGGGGCACUAGCUUCCAGUCGUGAUACGGCUUUCGGGACAGUCAUUACAUUUACUUGUCCAAUCGGACAAGAAUUUGCAACCGGAAAAAAUAAAAUCGUCACUAGGUGUCAAAAUGGUGGAACCUGGAGUAUCGAUUACAUCCCUAAGUGCCAAGAGGUGUACUGUGGACCAGUUCCUCAGAUCGAUAAUGGUUUUUCGAUUGGAUCUUCGAAUGUAACAUAUCGUGGAGUUGCCAUGUAUCAGUGUUACGCCGGUUUUGCGUUCGCUUCUGGUAAUGCCAUCGAGAAAAUAUCCUGUUUAGCUGAUGGAAACUGGGAAAGACAACCGUCGUGUCUAGCAUCACAGUGUUCACCGUUAGCGGAAGUUCCUCACGCAAAUGUUACCAUUAUGAAUGGCGGAGGGCGCAGCUACGGUACCAUUGUACGAUAUGAAUGUGAAUCUGGAUAUGUGCGAAGUGGACAACCAGUUUUGAAUUGCAUGUCGAACGGAACCUGGAGUAGUCCUGUUCCAACAUGUUCUCGUAAAAGAUGUUUCAAAUUUCCGGAAAUAGAAAAUGGAUUCUUUGUGGAUAAAACACGCCAAUAUUACUUCGGAGAUGAAGCGAGAAUACAGUGUUAUAAGGGUUACAAGCAAAUUGGUUCCAAUAUAGUAAAGUGCAACGCAGACCAAGAGUUCGACACUUUGCCGAUGUGUGAAGAUAUCAACGAAUGUAUAGCGGCCCCAUGCGAUGUAGCCUCAACCGAAUGUGUGAAUACGCCUGGAUCAUUCUACUGUCAGUGCAAGGCAGGUUUUUCGGCAUCUACUGAAUGUAGGCCAGUUGGCGAUUUGGGUUUGGCGACUGGAGGUAUUUCGGACAAUAGUAUCAGUGUUUCUUCGACCGAGGAUGGAUAUGAAAAAUCUAUGCUACGACUCAACUCGGCAGGUUGGUGUGGAAAUUCUAUGGAUCCUGGUGCAAACUGGGUGCUUCUAGAUUUUAAAGCACCUACAAUAAUCCGAGGAUUCCGUACCAUGUCCGUGCAACGAUUCGAUGGCAGCCUAGCAUUUACAUCCGCUAUUCGUAUACAGUACACAAAUGAUGUGACUGAUGUGUUCAAAGACUAUGCUAAUCCUGAUGGUACAGCUGUAGAGUUUAGAAUUUUAGAACCCACAUUGUCAAUUCUAAAUUUACCGAUACCUAUUGAGGCACGGUAUGUCCGAUUUAGACUGCAAGACUUCAUGAUCGCUCCUUGUCUGAAGUUGGAAGUAAUGGGAUGUACACGUAUAGACUGUAUUGAUAUCAAUGAAUGUUCAAAUAAGAAUGGUGGAUGUCGCCAAAAGUGUAUCAAUUCCCCUGGAUCAUACUCUUGUGGAUGUAAUACAGGAUACGAACUAUUCACCAAAAACGGAACAGCAGGAUUCACUAUUGAAAGAGCUGAGAGUGGUGAACGAGAUGGCGAUGUCUACCAACGAAAUAAAACAUGCGUUCCGAUGAUGUGUCCAACUUUGUCUGCUCCUGAAAAUGGAAAACUUUUGACGGAUAAGGUAGACCACCACUUUGGCGAUGUUGUUCAGUUCCAAUGUAACUUUGGUUAUGUUAUUUCUGGAAGUACUUCGUUGCUUUGCAUGUCCACAGGCGAAUGGAACGCUACUACUCCAGAGUGCAUAUAUGCAAAGUGCGUUUCCCUGCCAGAUGAUAAAAACGAAGGACUUGCAGUACUGAGACAAGAUAAGGACAGCAUUUUAGUACCAUUCCGUGAAAAUGUUACAUUAACUUGUAAUUCUCCUGGUCGUAAGCUACGAAACUCAAUUUCUUCUGGAUUUAGACAAUGUGUUUAUGAUCCUAAGGCUGGAUACCCAGAUUAUUGGUUGUCAGGAACGCUUCCUUCAUGCCCUCGGGUAGAUUGCGGUGAACCAAUGCCCACUCCAGGUGCAGAGUAUGGACAAAAGGGGGAUACAAGAUUCCAGAGUUCUUUCUUCUUCGGUUGUCAAAAUACGUUCAAAUUGGCAGGUCAAAGCUCCAAAAAUGAUAAUGUUGUUAGAUGUAUGGAGGAUGGCGUAUGGGACUUUGGCGAUUUACGCUGCGAAGGACCUGUUUGUGAAGAUCCAGGAAGACCUAACGAUGGCUACCAAAUCACCAAGAGCUAUGAGCAAGGCUCGGAGGUAUUAUUCGGCUGCUCAAGACCUGGCUACAUUUUAAUUAAUCCUCGACCAAUCACUUGUAUCAGAGAGCCAGAAUGCAAAGUCAUUAAACCUUUGGGUUUAUCUUCCGGUAAGAUUCCAGACCACGCCAUAAAUGCAACUUCAGAAAGGCCAAACUAUGAAGCCAAAAACAUUCGACUAAACUCUGUCACUGGCUGGUGUGGAAAGCAAGAAGCAUUUACAUAUGUUAGUGUUGACUUAGGAAAAGUAAAUCGAAUUAAGGCAAUCCUUGUCAAAGGUGUUGUUACAAAUGAUAUUGUUGGUAGACCUACAGAGAUCAGAUUCUUCUACAAACAAUCGGAAAAUGAAAAUUAUGUAGUCUACUUCCCCAACUUCAACUUGACCAUGCGGGACCCCGGAAAUUACGGAGAGUUAGCAAUGAUUACACUGCCCAAGUUUGUGCAAGCUCGAUUUGUUAUUUUGGGUAUUGUGAGUUACAUGGAUAAUGCGUGCUUGAAAUUCGAGCUCAUGGGUUGUGACGAACCAUCAACAGAUCCACUAUUGGGCUAUGAUUAUGGAUAUUCUCCGUGUGUGGAUAACGAGCCACCAGUGUUCCAGAACUGUCCUCAACAACCAAUAAUUGUGAAACGUGAUCAAAAUGGUGCCAUUAUGCCGGUGAAUUUCACAGAGCCCGUCGCUAUAGAUAACUCAGGAUCAAUCGCUAGGUUAGAAGUAAAACCUCAAAGUUUCAAAACUCCUUCAUAUGUAUUCCAAGACACAAUAGUGAAAUACGUUGCAUUUGAUUAUGACGGAAAUGUUGCCAUUUGUGAGAUCAACAUUACAGUACCUGACAUUACUCCUCCAUCCUUGAGCUGCCCACAAAGUUUCGUUAUAGAGCUUGUAGAUAAGCAGGACAGUUAUGUCGUGAACUUCAACGAUACUAGGAAACGUAUUAAGGUAUCGGAUAACUCAGAUCAAGUUACUAUUCAAUACAUUCCCGAGAGUGCAACUAUUCCGAUUGGAGGAUUUGAAAACGUGACCGUAGUUGCAACCGACAAAUUCAACAAUAAAGCAACAUGUAACUUCCAGGUGUCAGUACAAGCAACACAGUGCGUCGAUUGGGACUUGCAGCCUCCAAACAAUGGCAAUAUAAACUGUAAAUCUAAUGACAAAGGAAUUGAUUGUACUGCAACAUGUAAACCAGGUUUCAGAUUUACGGAUGAAGAUACAGUAAAGAAAUUUUCAUGUGAGACUAAACGACUAUGGAAACCAUCUUCAGUAGUACCAGAUUGUGUUUCAGAAAAUACUCAACAAGCUGACUAUCACGUUACUGCCACAACCAUAUACAGAGCAAAUGGAGCAGUAGCUCCAUCAUGUCUUCCACAGUAUCAAGAAAUGCUUGGUAAAUAUUAUCCAAACUUGAACAAUAUUUUAUCGCAACGUUGCUCUGCAGUGAACGUAAAUAUGAAUGUAUCAUUCAUCAAAUCUGUACCAAAAUUACUUGAGGAAAAUAUGAUACAAAUAGAUUUUAUUUUAUCAAUCGUCCCGGCAAUUAGACAACCUCAGCUAUAUGACCUUUGUGGGUCUACACUUCAACUUAUCUUCGAUUUGAGCGUACCAUAUGCAAGCGCUGUCAUUGAGCCAAUUUCGAAUGUAUCGGCUAUUGGCAAUCAGUGCCCACCAUUAAGGGCUUUGAAGAGCUCCAUUGCAAGAGGAUUUACUUGCUCUGCAGGAGAAGUUCUUAAUAUGGAUACAAGUGAUGUUCCACGAUGUCUACAUUGCCCUGCUGGAACUUAUGCAGGAGAAAACCAAAAAACAUGUACACCUUGUCCCAAAGGAUAUUACCAAAACAGAGAGCGUCAAGAAUCAUGCCUAAGAUGUCCAACAGGAACGUAUACAAGAGAGGAUGGUUCAAAGAGCGUGGGUGCUUGCGUACCUGUUUGCGGCUAUGGAACUUAUUCUCCAACUGGUUUAGUGCCUUGUUUGGAAUGUCCCAUUAAUUCGUUCUCUAGCGAUCCACCUACUGGAGGAUUCAAAGAUUGCCAGGCUUGCCCAACUGGUACAUUUACGUUCCAACCUGCUGCACAAUCUAUUGAUCAGUGUCGUAAAAAAUGUCCACCUGGUCAAUACUCACCUACCGGAUUGGCACCAUGUUCACAGUGCCCAAAGAAUUUCUACCAAAAUGUAGAAGGAAUGCUGACAUGUAAUGAAUGCCCAACAGGAAUGAAAACAGACGGACCAGGUGCUACGGGCCGUGAAGAGUGUAAACCUGUCAUGUGCAAUGAAAACUCUUGUCAACAUGGAGGACUGUGCGUCCCAAUGGGCCAUGAAGUGCAAUGUUUCUGCCCAGCAGGAUUUUCUGGAAGACGCUGCGAAAUCGAUAUUGACGAGUGCGCAUCUCAACCAUGCUACAAUGGAGGAACAUGUAAAGAUCUUCCUCAAGGUUAUAAGUGUACUUGUGCUCAAGGCUACUCUGGAAUCAACUGUCAAGAAGAGAAAAGUGAUUGUGGUAAUGAUACAUGUCCAUCAAGAGCAAUGUGCAAAGACGAGCCAGGAUACAACAAUUUCACAUGCUUGUGUCGCAGUGGAUACACUGGGGAAGAAUGUGACAUCACUAUUGAUCCAUGUACUGCAAAUGGCAAUCCUUGCAAGAAUGACGCAGCUUGUGUGGCCCUUCAACAAGGACGUUUCAAAUGCGAGUGCCUUGCUGGCUGGGAAGGCCAAUUAUGCGAAACCAACACAGAUGAUUGUGCUGAAAACCCUUGUUUGUUGGGAGCUAACUGUACAGAUCUUGUAAAUGAUUUCAGUUGUUCUUGUCCAAGCGGAUUCACAGGUAAACGGUGUCAAGAGAAAAUCGACUUAUGCCUAUCGGAGCCAUGCAACCACGGCAUGUGCAUUGACAAAUUCUUUUACCACGAAUGUAUCUGUCAGCCAGGCUGGACUGGAGAAUCAUGUAACAUUAAUAUAAAUGAUUGUGCAAGCGAUCCAUGUCAGAACAAUGGAGACUGUAUUGAUUUGAUUGAUGCAUACCAGUGUAGCUGUGAACCUGGUUACACUGGAAAGAAUUGCCAACAUUUCAUUGACGAUUGCGCAAGCGAUCCUUGUCAGAAUGGGGCUACAUGUGUUGAUCAACUUGAUGGCUUCCAAUGCAAAUGUAGGCCUGGUUUUGUUGGUCUGCAAUGUGAAACUGAAAUUGACGAAUGUUUAAGUGACCCAUGUAAUCCUACUGGAACAGACAGAUGUCUGGACAAAGACAAUACAUUUGUCUGUCAAUGUCGAGACGGAUAUACCGGUACCUUGUGUGAAACAGACAUUGACGAUUGUGAAGAUGCACCAUGUCUUAAUGGAGGAAAAUGCCAAGAUCGUGUUGGAGCGUACGAAUGCGAAUGUCCAGCAGGAUGGAGUGGUUAUCGUUGUGAACAGUUAAUCGAGUCAUGUGAACCCACCCGCCCAUGUAAAAAUGAUGCACGUUGUAUUGAUUUGUUCGAGGACUACUUCUGUAUUUGCCCCAGCGGAACAGAUGGUAAACAAUGUGAAACUGCGCCAGAUCGAUGUAUUGGAAAUCCAUGUAUGAAUGGAGGUCAAUGUAAGGAUUAUGGCUCAGGAUUAAAUUGUUCGUGCUCAGUAGACUAUUCUGGUAUAGGAUGCCAAUAUGAAUACGACGCAUGUGAAGCAAAUGUUUGUAAGAAUGGUGCUAUGUGCGUGGAUCACGGUAGUGGGUACAAAUGCGUAUGUCCACCAGGAUUUACAGGCGAGAACUGCGAUCAAGAUAUUGUCGAUUGCAAAGAUAACUCUUGCCCACCUGGAGCAACUUGUAUAGACUUGACUGAAGGAUUUUACUGCCAAUGUCCGUUCAAUUUGACUGGAGAUGAUUGCAGAAAAACUAUACAAGUAGACUAUGAUAUGUACUUCAGUGAUCCUACCCGAUCGUCAGCUGCUCAAGUGGUUCCAUUCUACACUGGAUCGCCGGAUAGCUUUACAUUUGCUAUGUGGGUACAAUUUUCUCAAAAGGACGACACAGGCAUAUUUGCAACUUUGUACGCCGUAGACUCCCCACAAGACGUCAUGGCUAGACGAGUAAUACUGCAGGCUCAUUCAAGUGGUGUUCAGGUUUCACUAUUUACGGACGUGCAGGAUGCUUUCCUAGCAUUUAGAGAAUACACGACAAUCAAUGAUGGUCAAUGGCAUCAUGUAGCAGUUGUAUGGGAUGGAAAGACUGGACAGCUUCAGCUCAUUACCGAAGGAUUGAUUGCCGGUCGUGCAGAGUAUGGUGCUGGACGAAAUCUGCCUGCAUACGCAUGGUCGGUAUUGGGUCGCCCAGCUUUGAAAGCAAACGAAUCUAAUUCUGUUGCUUACAAUGAAGUUGGAUUCCAAGGCAAGCUGACAAAGGUUCAAUUAUGGAGUAGAGCAUUGGAUGUUACAUCUGAAAUUCAGAAACAAGUCAGGGAUUGCCGUAGUGAACCAGUGCUAUACAGAAAUUUGAUAUUAAACUGGGCAGGCUACGAAGAAAGCACUGGUGGUGUUGAACGAUCUGUUCCUUCAUCAUGUGGAAGGAAGAAAUGCAAAUCUGGAUACGUUGGAGCCCAAUGCAAGCAACUAGAACAUGACAAAGAGCCUCCAAAGGUUGAACAUUGCCCUGAUGAUUUGUGGAUUAUUGCCAGAAAUGGUUCGUCAAUUGUUAACUGGGAUGAACCACACUUCAGCGAUAACGUUGGUGUCACUAAAAUUAUUGAACGUAAUGGUAGACGUUCAGGACAGAGCUUCCUCUGGGGAAGCUAUGAUAUUACGUAUAUUGCAUACGAUGCAGCCGGAAACACUGCCGAUUGUAGUUUCAAGGUGACAUUAUCUUCUGACUUCUGCCCACCAUUAGCUGACCCAAUUGGUGGAUCACAAAACUGUAAAGAUUGGGGUGCUGGAGGACAGUUCAAAGUGUGUGCCAUAUCCUGUAAUCCAGGAAUGAAGUUCUCUGAAAAGGUUCCUGAAUUUUACACAUGUGGAGCAGAAGGUUUUUGGCGACCAACUGAAGAUCCAUCUACGCCUUUAGUAUACCCAUCUUGCUCACCUGCCCGACCGGCUCAACGCAUUUUCCGUAUCCAAAUGCUAUUCCCAUCUGAUGUAUUAUGUAAUGAAGCUGGACAAGGAGUACUUCGACAGAAGGUGAAAAAUGCUGUCAACUCAUUGAAUAGGGACUGGAACUUCUGUUCAUACUCAAAUGAAGGAUCUCGCGAAUGCAAAGAACUUCAAAUCAAUGUUAAAUGUGACAAGUACCGUCACUCGAACGAUAUUGUGAAACGACAAGCAGUAAAUCCACCGACGAAGCAGGACACGAGUACUUACGUGCUUGAUGCCCAAAUCCCUAUUAUCGGCAAUAAAGAAGCAGAAGGCAGCGCUCGUCAAAGUAGACAACAAAAUGGUGACACCUAUACGUUGGAGAUGGUAUUCCCUGCGGUCAAUGAUCCUGUGUUACAUUCUUCAAGUGGAGAAAGAUCGGAUGUCCGUUCCUUGCUUGAAAAGCUCAUCCUUGAGGACGCUCAGUUCGACGUUCAAGAUAUUCUACCAAAUACGUUUGCGGAUCCAGCAUCCCUGGUUUUGAACUCAGAUUAUGCAUGUCCAGUUGGUCAAGUAGUACAGGUUCCCGAUUGUGUACCAUGUGCUGUUGGAACAUACUUCAACACAACGAGUAAAACGUGUAUAGCUUGUCCAAAAGGAUCGUACCAAUCUGAAAUUGGCCAGCUACAAUGUAAAAGUUGUCCGAAUAUUGCGGGUCGAUCAGGUGUUACUUCAAUAACCGGAGCUCGCUCAGCAGCUGAAUGCAAAGAACGGUGUCCCGCUGGAAAGUAUUUGGAUACUGAUACAGGUCUCUGUCAACCAUGUGGAUAUGGCUUCUAUCAGCCCAAUGAAGGUUCGUUCUCUUGUGAAAUUUGUGGAUUGGGGCAAACAACUAGAAUUGCCGAAGCAACAUCAAAGUCAGAGUGCCGUGACGAAUGCAAGUCCGGAAUGCAAUUGGGAGUUGAUGGCAAAUGUGAAGCGUGUCCACGUGGAACGUUCAGAACACAGGGUGUGCAACCGGCUUGUGCAGCUUGUCCAACAGGAAGAACCACACCCAAAUCAGGAUCCUCCAGCAUCGAAGAGUGCUCUCUGCCUGUUUGCGCUCCUGGUACUUAUCUCAACGGAACUGUUAAUGUAUGCGUGGAGUGCGGUAAAGGAUUCUAUCAACCAGAGCAGCAGCAAACAUUCUGCAUACCUUGUCCACCGAAUCAUAGUACAAGAACUAAUGCUGCGACAAGCAAAGCAGAGUGCAUCAAUCCAUGUGCAAAUGUUGCAGAUGGACAGCAGCAUUGUGAUCCUAAUGCGUUCUGUAUUCUGAUGCCAGAAUCCUUUGAUUUCAAAUGUGAAUGUAAACCAGGAUUCAAUGGAACAGGAAUGCAGUGUACAGAUGUAUGCGAAGGCUUCUGUGAAAAUUCUGGUCAGUGUGUCAAGGACAUCAAGGGGGUUCCUUCUUGUCGUUGCAAGGGAUCCUUCACUGGCACUAAGUGUACUGAACGCUCUGAGUUUGCAUAUAUUGCUGGAGGAAUAGCAGCAACAGUGAUUUUCAUCAUUUUGAUUGUACUUUUGAUUUGGAUGAUUUGCUCAAGAGCAAAUAAGCGACGUGACCCCAAGAAAAUACUUUCACCGGCCACGGAUCAAACUGGUUCUCAGGUUAACUUCUAUUAUGGAGCUCAUACACCAUACGCCGAGAGCAUUGCUCCUUCUCAUCACAGCACAUACGCUCAUUAUUAUGACGACGAGGAAGAUGGAUGGGAAAUGCCUAACUUUUAUAAUGAAAGUUAUAUGAAAGAAGGAUUACAUGGUACAAAUGGAAAACUAAAUUCUUUAGCACGAUCAAACGCUUCUUUGUAUGGUACAAAGGAAGAUCUUUACGACAGACUGAAAAGGCAUGCCUAUACAGGAAAGAAAGAAAAGAGUGACAGUGACAGUGAAGGAAACUAAUCACUUCUUUCAAAGUUAUUCAAAAGAUUUUAACUCAACGAAACAACACCAGAUGAUGGUUGCCAUCUAUUAAUCUUCCCGCUGGCGCAAUACUCAACCAUUCAGUUAUUUUCAUCCGGGAAGACUAUUUAAUACGUUCUGCAGGUUACGUCAUCUAGAAUUAUGGUUCAAAAUUAAGUGCAACAAACUCAAUCCGAAGAAAAACCUCUGAUUAUCUAGAUAAGUCUGUCUAGAAAUGUUUUGUUAUGUUUUGGAGCACUAUGUCAAAUAUAUUUUAAUUACUUUAG